AUGCAACCGCAAGUUUCCCUGCUCCAAUUGCAUCAGGUCGAAGGCAUCGUGCGUCCCAGCAACCGUGAACCCGCGGAGAAAGCGUAUGAGGACCUCCUCCGGCAGAACAAUGUCAAGUUCGAGCCGCUCCAUAAGGAGGAGAAUGCAUCACCCAAUGUCGAAGGAGCCAACCAUUCAGACGAGGAUAUGCCCGAAGCUCCGGUGGUAGAGCAACCGUCCGGCUUGGUCAACGUCAAGCCCGAACCAGUAUACGAACCCAAGAACUUCUGGCAUACCAUGAGCCAAGGGUUCCGAGAUCCCGACAAUGAUAGCGACUCAUCGCAGGAUGAUGUGCGCGAAGGAGUGGUGAAGAACGCGUGGGAUCUUUUGUAUAGCAAGAACGACCACCUCUUUCUGGGCUCCCGUAAGACGGCUGUCGACAUCUCAACUCUGCACCCUGAGCCUGUCCAAAUCCUUCGGCUCUGGCAGAUAUAUCUCGACGGCGUUAACCCACUGCUCAAAGUUAAUCACGCCCCCAGUCUGCAGGGGCGUAUCAUAGAAGCCGCCAGCAAUGUUUCUCACACCAGCCCUGCCCUGGAGGCGCUGAUGUUCAGCAUCUACUGUGUUGCUGUCCAAAGCCUCGACGAAGACGACUGCCAGGCCAUUUUCAAGUCAUCAAAGGAAACUCUCUUAACAGCGCAUCACUUCGGCUGUGAGCAAGCGCUGCUGAAUUGUGGAUUCUUACGAACUGGCGACCGCGACUGCUUGACUGCGUUAUUCCUGUACCUCAUCUCGGUUGGCCCACAGACAGACCCUCGAUCUCUGUCUUCGGUGCUUGGUGUGGCGCUUCGCAUUGCCCAACGCAUGGGCAUUGACAGCGAGUCAGCCAAUGCUGGAUGUAACCCUCUCGAGGCCGAGAUGCGCCGCAGGCUCUGGUGGUCACUCGUCCUUUUCGACGCCCGCGUCAGCGAGCUGGCCAACUACAGGUCCACAGUCCUCGCGCCCACCUGGGACUGCAAGAUCCCCUUGAACGUAAGCGACUCGGACCUCUGGCCGGAAAUGCGGGAGCCGCCACCGGCCCAGGAAAAAUGCACCGACGUCCUCUACGCCGCGGUGCGCAGCGAGCUGGGCGAAUUCCUCCGCCACGCCGCCAUCCACCUCGACUUCACCACGCCCGCUCUGAAGCCCAUCGCGAAAGACACCAAAGGCAGUCUAGACAUCCUCGAGCGCCGCCUCAACGACAAGUACCUCCGAUUCUGCGACCCGCAGAACCCGCUGCACUUCAUGACGCUCUGCACCACGCGCUCCUUCCUCGCCCGCUACCGCCUCGUCGAGCACAACAACAACAACACCUCCUCCUCUUCCCCCUCCCCCUCCUCCCCCUCCUCUCCAGACGACCAGACCGCCGCCCUCUCCCACGCCCUCACCUGGCUCGACGCCGACACGCAAAUCAUGACGUCCCCCCUCACCAAGCCCUUCCGCUGGCUCUUCCAGUUCUACUUCCCCUUUCCGGCCUACGUCCAGGCCGUCCAGCACCUCAAGCGCCGUCCGCUCAGCCCUGACGCCGCACGCGCCUGGGCCCUGCUGAGCGACCACUACGACGCUCGCUUCGCUACUGCCGCUUACCCCCCGUCGGCGACGGCGGAGGACGAUGAUGCGAAUCCGCUGUAUGGGAUCUUUGCGCGCAUGGUGCUGCAGGCGUGGCGGCCAAGGGAGGAGGCGUUGCAGAGGGCUGGGGAGGUGCCGGUGGUCGUGCCGCGGAUUGUGGAGAGGUUUAGGGAGAAGAUGGCGGAGGUGGCAAGGGCGGAGGCGGUGGCGGAGACGGGGCAGCAGGGGCAAGAGCAGGGGCAGCAGGAGGGUGGCACGGCGGCUGUGGAUGCUGGGGUGGCGGAUUUGGGGGGGAUGAUGGGAGCGGGGUUUGGGGGCUAUGGUGGAAUGAUGUUUGGGAUGGAUGGGCAGCAGGGGCUGGGGGGGUAUGUGGAACCGGGGCUAGGCGGGUUUCCUAAUGCUGGCUUGCUGGGGCAGUUUCCGUUGGACGUUGGUAUGGGACAGAUGAAUUGGGCCGGUAUGGAUUGGGGUUUCGGCGACGGUCGGGGCGGGUGA